AUGACGGCUGACAGAGCAGCUGAAACUCCACAACAGGAACAAGAGCGACGCGAAAAAGAUCGAGCACGACAUGCCGGUGCUAGAGCAGCUGAAACACCACAACAGACACGAAGUCGUAGUGAACUUCAACGUACAAGACAAGCAGCUGUAAGAACCGCACAAUGGACAUUUUUGGAGGGGGAAGCAUUUAGAUAUGAUCCAACAAAAGUUUAUGAUAGUCAUCCACAGCUCUGUAUAGGACGAAUGAUAAAACAUUGUCUACAUUGCAACGCGCUCAAAUGGCCUGGAGAAGCACCAGGUAUGUGUUGCUCCAAUGGUAAAGUGAAGCUACCAGCACUUAAGACGCCUCCUGAACCACUAGAGUCACUCACAUCAGGACGAUUGGCUGAGUCAAAGCACUUCCUGGAGAACAUCAGAAGAUACAACUCAUGCUUUCAGAUGACGUCCUUUGGUGUGUCAAAAGAAGUGAUUCAACCGGGUUAUAUGCCAACGUUCAAGGUUCAAGGCCAAGUAUACCAUCGUGUUGGAUCUCUCUUGGCAUCAUCUGAUGAAGAACCUAAAUUCCUUCAAAUUUAUUUUAUGGGCGAUGAACGUAAACAAGCAGAACGACGUUACAAUACUAAUCCUGGGACCCGGAGAAGUAUCAUCAUCAAAUUACAAGAAAUGCUUCAUCAACAUAACAGUUAUGUUCGUCUUUUCAAGACUGCUAUCGAAAGAAUGCCUACCGAUGAGCACAAGGUGGUCAUUAGAGCGGAUAAAACACCUGCUGGAGAGCAUGCACGGCGUUUCAAUGAAUCAUUAGUAGAUGAGGUGGCAGUGGUUAUGGUUGGCAGUGAAUUUAGUACACGGGAUAUUGUAUUGGAGAAGAAAAAUAGUCAAUUGAAAACCGUGUGUGAGACGAAUAGGGCCUACGACGCCUUACAGUAUCCUCUUAUUUUCUGGGAGGGAGAAGACGGCUAUCACUUCACCAACAAGCAGGUUGAUCCGACAACAGGAGAAACCAUGCUCCAUAAAAAAGUAUCAGCUAUGGCCUUUUAUGCUUACAGAAUAAUGGUGCGAAAUGCAGAAGUCAAUCAUAUUCUACGAUGUCGACAAUUAUUCCAUCAAUUCAUAGUUGAUAUGUACGCUAAGAUCGAAGCCGAACGAUUACUUUUUGUGCGUACUCAUCAACAAGAGCUUAGAGUUGAUGACUAUAUUCAUCUGAAAGACGCCAUAGCAAAUGAUGGAAAGGCUGAUAAUAUUGGUCAAUUGGUAAUACUACCAUCUACUUUCACAGGAAGUCCACGCCAUAUGCAUGAGUACACACAAGAUGCCAUGACAUAUGUUAGAAACUAUGGAAGGCCUGAUCUCUUCUUAACAUUCACCUGCAAUCCGAAGUGGGAGGAAAUUAAGAGAGAACUGAUGGAUGAUCAAACUCAUUCCGAUCGUCAUGAUGUGUUGGCAAGAGUCUUCAAACAAAAGCUAACUGUGCUGAUGAAUAUUAUCACAAAAAACACAUGUGUUUGGUCCACCCAGAUGUUGGAUGUAUUCAAUUGA